GGCGGCUGCGAGGGAGACCGGGAAAGCGGGAGUGACUGCAGUAGUUUCAGGAAUGGAUAAAAGCAGUGAAGGAUGUGAGAAAAAGAUUAGCAGCGUGAAUCUUGACAAACUGAUACGUGACUUCUCACAAAUAGAAAAGAAAAUGAUAGAAACCAGUGGAAAGAACAAUAUGUUGGAUAUUCAGUUGGAAAAGACUAAUAGUUUAUUAAAAGUAAUGCAAACAAAGGAGGUCUCAAUUAAAGAAGAAUGUGCUACUCUUCAUAGUAUGGUAAAAGGACUACAACAGACCAUUGAAUAUCAACACAAUUUGAAAAAUGAAAAUGAACAACUAAAGAGAAAUGCUGAUCUUAUAAAAGAGAAGUUAAAAUCUCAUGAACAGGAACAUAAGGAUAAUAUUGCCAAACUUAUGAGUGAAAUGAAAAUCAAAGAGGAGGGACAUAAGAUAGAAAUGAGCAAACUUUAUCAGGACAUGCAGAAAAAAAUUGAAUUAUGUGAGGAAAAGCACAAAGAACUAAUAGGGAAAAAGGAAAUGGAAAUUUCAGAGUUAAAUGCAAAGUUAAGAACUCAAGAGAAUGAAAAACAAAGUGAAAUAAUCAAGCUACAGCUAGAGUUUGAGGCCAAACUAGCAAAAGUUCAAACUAAAUCAAAAUCAUAUCUGGAUUCUACUGCUUUGCCACAGAGUAUCUACCGAAGGAAGCUUCAACAUUUUCAAGAAGAAAAAAAUAAGGAGAUUGCAGUUCUUCGUAAUACCAUUCGUGAUUUAGAGCAACGUCUUUCUGUUGGCAAAGAUUCUCACUUUAAGCGAAGACGGUUUUGACCGUAGCAGUAAAUUCACU